CCCACACCCAGAAGCCCUUCUAAGGCUUGGUCGCUUGCAGAGUAAAUUUAAGAGAGAAACAUGGCUCUUAAAUUCUCCAAGAAGCUCCUCUUUGGAUAUCUUCUGUUAUUGAUGCUGCACUGUGUGCACGGCAACGGAGUUGUGCAGCCCACGAAGAAGAUGAUGAGAAGCGAUCACUCACAUGCAUCACCCGACCUGGUAGAAGUCGAUCACACGGAAGCUUCAAGUCUGGGUCUCUUCACCAUCAGCGACCUACACAUCGGAAAAACAAUCACCAUAGACUUCCCUAACCCAGACCCUUCUUCUCUACCCCGUUUCCUGCCCAGAUCAGAAGCAGACAAAAUACCUUUCUCCUCAAAAAACCUCUCAACCAUCCUUGGUCUCUUCUCCAUCUCCCCAGACUCCCACCAAGCAAGACGAAUCCAGCACACGCUCACCCACUGCGAGUCCAAACCCAUGAGCCAAUCCGAAACCAGGUUCUGCGCCACUUCGUUGGAAUCCAUGCUCGAUUACGUCCGCGCCGUCUUCGGCCCAGACACUCCCUUCAGACCUCUCACCACCAAAUAUUACUUGACGAAAUCGAGCGACAAUCCGAAACAGAGGUACACCAUCACGGAGUCGCCGAGAGAGGUGGUGACGGCGGGUGGUAGCGAUGCGAAAAUGGUGGGCUGCCAUGCCAGUGUUGGUUACCCGUACGCAGUGUUCUAUUGUCACGGGAGAAGAGGAGGGAAUAGGGCGUUCAGAGUUUGGCUGAGGGGUGAGAACGGAGAUAGAGUGGAAGCUCUCGGGGUUUGCCACGUGGACACGUCUGAUUGGGAUCCAAAUCAUAUUGUGUUUCAGCUUCUUGGUUCGAGCCCUGGUUCGCCCGUUUGUCAUUUUUUGUCUUCUAACGCCCUUCUUUGGGUUCCAUCCUCCACUUCUUCCAACUAAUUACCAUAUA